AUGAGGAGCGGCCGCAGCGCCCGUCGAUGCCUCCCCGGGGAGCCGGGUGCCUGCGCCAUGAACCCCGAGAUGGCGAUGGAGCCGCUGGGCAGCCUGCACGGGGCGGCCGGCCAUGAGCCGGAGCUGAUGGGCAGCCCCAGCCCGCACCACGGCGGCCGCGGCGCCGGGCCGCUCCGGGUGCCCCCCCCGCCGCCGCCGCCGCCGCCGCCGCCGCCGCCGCACCAGGAGCUGGCCCCCGCCGCCGCCCGGCCGGCCAUGGUGUCCAGCAUGGCCUCGCUGCUGGACGGCGCCGCCGAGUACCGCCCCGAGCUCUCCAUCCCGCUGCACCACGCCAUGAGCAUGCCCUGCGAGUCCUCGCCGCCCGGCAUGGGCAUGAGCAGCACCUACACCACCCUGACGCCACUCCAGCCCCUGCCGCCCAUCUCCACCGUCUCCGACAAGUUCCACCACCCGCACGCCCACCCGCACGCCCACCACCACCACCACCACCACCACCAGCGCCUCUCGGGCAACGUCAGCGGCAGCUUCGCCCUCAUGCGGGACGAGCGCGGGCUGCCCGCCGUCAACAACCUCUACGGGCCCUACAAGGAGAUGCCCGGCAUGGGGCAGAGCCUCUCGCCGCUGGGCAACGGGCUGGGCCCCCUCCACAACGCCCAGCAGGGCCUCCACGGCUACGGGCCGCCCGGCCCCGAGAAGAUGCUCGGCCCCAACUUCGACGCCCACGCGGCCAUGCUGGCGCGGGGGGACCAGCACCUCUCCCGGGGGCUGGGGACGCCCCCCGCCAUGAUGCCCCACCUGAACGGCAUGCACCACCCCGCGCACCCGGGCCCCCCGCCGCCCCACGGGCCCGCGCUGCCCGCCGGCCGGGAGCGGCCGCCCUCCUCCUCCUCCGGCUCGCAGGUCAGCAGCUCGGGGCAGCUGGAGGAGAUCAACACCAAAGAAGUGGCACAAAGGAUCACGGCGGAGCUGAAGCGCUACAGCAUCCCGCAGGCCAUCUUCGCCCAGCGGGUGCUGUGCCGCUCUCAGGGGACCCUCUCGGACUUGCUGCGGAACCCCAAGCCUUGGAGUAAACUCAAGUCCGGCCGGGAGACCUUCCGCAGGAUGUGGAAGUGGCUGCAGGAGCCGGAGUUCCAGAGGAUGUCGGCCCUGCGGCUGGCAGCCUGCAAACGCAAAGAGCAAGAGCCGAACAAAGAGCGGAACAACUCCCAGAAGAAAUCUCGCCUGGUUUUCACGGACCUCCAGCGCAGAACGCUUUUCGCCAUCUUCAAGGAGAACAAGCGCCCCUCCAAAGAAAUGCAGAUCACUAUCUCCCAGCAGCUGGGCCUGGAGCUCACCACCGUCAGCAACUUCUUCAUGAACGCCCGGCGGCGCAGCCUGGAGAAGUGGCAGGACGACCUGAGCUCCGGGGGCUCCUCCUCGGCCCCCAGCACCUGCACCAAAGCGUGA